GAAGAGCUGCAGCCUUCAUGGACGGCGAGCGGGGUGCAGGCUAGCAGCGUCGGGGUCUGCGGCCACGCGCUCUCCAAAGGACCCGGGAGGCUGAGCGCGGCCGGAAGAAGCGGCGCUGCGUCCCCGGCGAACCGUCCCGGCUUGCAAGGUAGGGAUUAGGCAGAUGGCCAGGCAAAGUUGAUCAGUGCGGGGAGGUGGCUGGCCUGCGCCCUCUCGCCGCUAGGAACCGCCGAGCGACUUGGACUUGACCCCGCCGCGCCCUGGGAGCGCGGUGCAGCGCCGAUUUGGUGCCCCGCGCGGGAGCGCACUUGCAAACUUGGUGGAGGUGCCCUGCGCGUCCUGUUGUGUAACCUCCGCGCCGCCAGCUGGACCGGGAAGUUGCCUGCCAGUCCUUCGGCUUGGUUUAGUCGCAACCCCGGGGUGAAUUUCAUGGCCCGCGACGAACGCGCGGCCAGAGCCGGCGUGGGCGAGCCCCCGCGCGCCCCGACUCGUGGGGAACUCCCGCGCACGGUCCCUUCCCCUCGCCCGCGCCUCCGAUGCGCGCUGAGCCUCUCGCCGCUGCCGCCCGCUCGCCGCGGUCUGCCCCUCCGAGUUGCUGCCUGAGUUGGAGAACAGAGGAUGACCGAGGUCCCUUGGCCGGCUGUCCCCAAUGGGACGGACACAGCCUUCCUGGCUGGCCUGGGCUCGCCUUGGGGAAACAGUACUGUAGCCUCCACAGCAGCAGUCGCCUCUUCAUUCAGAUGUGCCCUGACCAAGACCGGCUUCCAGUUCUACUAUCUGCCGGCGGUCUACAUCUUAGUGUUCAUCAUAGGCUUCCUUGGCAACAGCGUGGCUAUCUGGAUGUUCGUUUUCCACAUGAAGCCUUGGAGCGGCAUCUCUGUGUACAUGUUCAACUUGGCUCUGGCCGACUUUCUGUACGUGCUCACCCUGCCAGCCCUCAUCUUCUACUACUUCAACAAGACUGACUGGAUCUUCGGGGAUGCUAUGUGCAAGCUGCAGAGAUUCAUCUUCCAUGUAAACCUCUACGGCAGCAUCUUGUUCCUCACCUGCAUCAGCGCACACAGGUACAGCGGCGUGGUGUACCCGCUCAAGUCCCUGGGCAGGCUCAAGAAGAAGAAUGCCAUUUAUGUCAGCGUGCUGGUGUGGCUCAUUGUGGUGGUGGCCAUCUCCCCCAUUCUCUUCUACUCUGGCACUGGGAUUCGGAAAAACAAAACCAUCACCUGCUAUGACACCACCUCCGAUGAGUACCUGCGAAGUUAUUUCAUCUACAGUAUGUGCACAACCGUGGCCAUGUUCUGCAUCCCCUUGGUGCUGAUCCUGGGCUGUUACGGAUUAAUUGUUAGAGCUUUGAUUUACAAAGACCUGGACAACUCUCCUCUCAGAAGGAAGUCCAUUUACCUGGUAAUAAUUGUCCUGACGGUGUUCGCUGUGUCUUACAUCCCUUUCCAUGUGAUGAAAACGAUGAAUUUGCGGGCGCGGCUGGAUUUCCAGACCCCAGAAAUGUGUGCUUUCAAUGACAGGGUCUAUGCCACUUACCAGGUGACAAGAGGUCUAGCAAGCCUCAACAGCUGUGUGGACCCCAUUCUUUAUUUCUUGGCGGGAGAUACAUUCAGAAGGAGAUUGUCCCGAGCCACCAGGAAAGCUUCCAGGAGGAGUGAGGCCAAUUUACAAUCCAAGAGUGAGGAAAUGACUCUCAAUAUUUUAUCUGAGUUCAAGCAGAAUGGAGACACAAGCUUGUGAAGGCCCAAGACCCAAACAGCUUACUUUUGUAACAUGGUAGGAGGCUCAUAGAACCUGCUGCUUUUCUUUUCCUUAAGUUCCUAGAAAUGUUAGAGAAUAUUCCAAACAAGAAAGUAGUGAGGUUUUUUUUUAUAUAUAAAAAGAAGCAUCAACUUAUUAUACAUUCACAUUUAUUUUUCCUUCCUGUAAGCUCCUUUCUUACUAAUUAGAAGUAUGUGUAAUCAAACAGUACUACCUAGAUAAACACUCACUCUUCUUCCUUUGAAAUUCACAGGCUUUUCUAUUAUUAAAGUGUGUGUGCAUGUGUAGCAGAGCGAUUUUGAUAUUAAAAGUUUCUCCAAGAAAACUGGCCACCUGGAAUUCGAGUUUGUGAUUUGUCCAGCCUCGGUUGCUGUGAAUAACGCACAGUAUAAACCAACUAAAAUCUAUACUUUCAAAAACUGUUUGGCAUCCUCAUUCAGUAAUGAGCAGAUGCCUGUGGUACAUGCCUUUCAGUUCCUCAGAAGCAUAGAUGGUGGCUGAUAAUGUCUUUGGGGAAUUGAAUACAAAAAUAAAAUCAAUGAACUUUCAUGUGUGGAAAGUGAGUAUUUCCAGUUAUUUUUGGAAAACUGAUUACUGCACAUUGCUUGUUUAAUGUUUGGUGGUGGGAGGCUGCAGAUAUUAUAUUAUUGGCAAAAUGCAUUCAAAAUAGUUGGAGUGCAUGUGUUUUUCUUAUAAAUACUGUGGACUGUUAGGCUUACUGGGAAAAAAAGUUCUCACUUGCACCAUUGCUGUGUAGUAUCUUUGGACUUUGUGUUCCAAGAGAAGUGCUCACUCACAUCUGUGAAAACAAUUUUGAGAAAUCACAGUUAAAUUUCAGACUACAGUUUGGUUGGGUGAAGCAGCAGAACUGUUAGUAGAUUGGGAGAUAUUGGGAAGGACUGUCAGUGUUUCAGAGGGCCAGGGUUUAGACAUUCACAGUGCAGCUGUGGGUGGGGAGAAGAGUUCUAGAAGGAUGUAAAACUAAAAUAAUGAUGGGAAGGUUCCUUCUGUUUCUUCAAAGUCCUUGAAAACAUUAAAUGCAGACUGAAAAGUGGAUAUAAGCAAGUCAUAGGUGUGCCAAGAACAUGGAAAGCAAUCUUUUAAUGAAUUGUAAUCUUCUAAUGACUCUUAAAAUGAAAAACAUCUGUAAAGAGAAAAAUAAAGGAAAUUAACUUUUAAGUACCCAAGCUACCAUAAAACUGAAAAGAAGGUCAUUGAAAGUAUUCAUCAAGCCAGUGUUUUCUACUCUUGCCUGCUAGACGGUAGUGAAAUGUUUGUAAAGUAUAUUGAAAUUUAAAAAUAAUUUUCAAUGAUUAAUGAAUUGCUACAUUUAUAGUCCUUGGAAUCAUGAAAUUUUAUUUAAUUAAAAUAAUGAGGAAAUAAAAGUCACAAAUAAAUAAUCUGAUGUCCAAGGAAUUUUAACUGUGAAAGCUAGUCUUUACACAGCUGUCUUCUGAGUUUGUAAAUCGUGGUAAAAAGUGCUUUUAAAGUACUUUAUAAGAAAAAAAAAAAGAACCUUUGUGCCCAGUAGGAUAUAAUGACAUAAAAUUCAGGGUUUAAUGUCAGUUUUUAAACACACAAGUGACUGGGGAUCUGGGAGAUCUUUGGAGCCCUUCCAUUUGCCCAGUCUCUUGUUGCUUAGGUCCAUGAAGAAAAGCUGCAUUUAUCCUUCCUAUCUAGUGGUUCCUUUGCACAUUCAGUAUUACCAUAAAAGCCAACUGAAGAAGACGCUUCCAGUGUCUUCCACUUUUGAGGUUUUUCAGAGCUCCCAAGUGGUAAGAUUCAUGCAGCAUUUUCUGUUUCAGAAUUCUACAGACUAAAUCUAAAAUACAUCCUCAUUAUGUUGACACUUCAAAAUGUUCAGUGGCUCAAAAGUAAUUUUGUUAAGCAAAUCCAAAUGGAAAUUUCAGAAAUGCACAGCUCAGUGAUCCAUAUGUCUGUAUCAUUUCCUCAUUAUUUAAUACAGUGUUCUCCAUUUGAGUCUUAGGAUGCCAGCCUGAUUUUGGAUAUGUGUUAAAUGCACUGUUUCAGCUUUCAUAAACGAUUCUUUCAGAGUGUAUUUUGGUGAGGGGACCAAGGUCCCCUUUUACACUUUGCCAUGUUCCUCAUGUUCCUUAGCCCCAGGUCCUAGUGGAUGCUAGGCAAGAGUUCAGCCACUGAGCUAUAGCCCCAGCCCCUAAGAGGAACACUUUCUUCCUUAACUUGCUUCGUCAUUUAACAUAGUAACAAGACUGACUGUGCCAACUUCUUCCAGGUCAAAAGAAGUCCCUAAGACGACCUGUGCAUGUAUGGGUCAGGAUGAAGCAACACUUUAUUGGCCAAAAGACCAAUUUGUGCCACCAGAUAUGAGUAAGCAUGUCCAUAAUAAAGACAGAUCUGUUGGCAUUUGAGUGAAGGACACCUAAAAUUCUAAGAUUCAGCAAGUCAUUGAAUUUCACGCUACAAAACUGUUUUCAUUUCAAGUGCAAGGGUUUAUGUUUGUUCUUGGUUUUGUUGUUAAUCCUCACGAAUUGCUCUUUGACUCUUUGAAGGUUGCUUUUAACUUAUAUUGAACUAAAGGGAUAAAUUAAGAAGAAACUUAGCACACAAGAGAGAAUUCAAAAUUAAAACCACGAUGUGGCAAUUGAGUUGUUGGAGUCCUGACACUUGAAGCCCAUUCUUCAUGAACAGAAAAGGAGACAGGACAUCCAUUUGUUGACACCAUGGGUGCUGUGGGAUCGUGAAAAGCAGACAAUGAGAGCUGUUUGGAACCUUUUUCUGUGCUUCCUAGGACUCUUCCAUCUAGCCCUUGGAUAAAAUUCUCAGUGAUCACCAACUAUGGUAUGGACAGGUUGAAACCUGAAAAUCUCUGCUUACUCAGCCAGGAUACUAAACCAGCUUUUGAUAGGACAGAUACCAGUACUUAGCAACAGCUGGAAUUCAACUAGUGACAGAUCUAAGACUAUGUGGUACUAGUAAAUAUGUAUUGGAGCAUUUCUUUUGCCGAUCGAAUGUAAUUGUUGUAAUAGUAUUUAUUGAUGAAGCUCACAGUCCUUCAGCUGUACAGACUGUAAAACAUCUUUGAAGGUACAAAAUACUGAUGUAAAUUCUAUUUAUUGCAAUGUAUAAUAUCAAAAUGUCACACUGGCAUAUUUUACAAUAAUAUAUAAUGCUAGAUAAAAUGACAAUUAUAUUUAAGAUGUUUUUCAGAUAUUAAUAUUGAACAUUUAAGACUAGUUUGUAUUUGAAUCUAAAAAAAUCUGUUUUAUUAUGUGUUUAGUUUUCCCUGGAUUUGGAUUUGCAUGCUUUCCUUACACAAUUUGGUGUUAGAUUACUAUAAGAUUCAUAGCAAGUAUGGAAUAUGUUAGAUAGGUUCUGUAUUGUAUACAUUAUAUAUAUUUAUAUUAUAGAAAGUUUGUGUUGUCUUUUCAGAAAGUUUAGAAUAUUGCCCUAACUAUGGUCAGGGCUUCCACUGCCAAAGGCUAGAGGUUUGUCUUCUAGUCAAAAUUGAUUAUUUAGAAGUCUAGUGGGUUGGGCAUUAUAGAUAUAAUGUAAGAAUUUAAACACAAAUUUAGUGAAAUAGGGAAAGAAAAGUGCAGCUGAUAGACUUCUGCUACAUCUUGAAGCUUUGUAUUGUCUUUUUUCUUAAGGUAACACAGUACAUUCUUAACUUCUUUGAGGUGGGGUUUUUAUGUAACACUACCAACAAGUUCAGCAUUGCAAUUGAUUUUAAUCUGUUUUCUUUGGGCAGUUGGUAACUUUAAUGCCAACAUUUUUAGUGAUAAAUGUAUCAUUUGGCUGCUAAAUUCUGUCACAUUUUCUAAAUGAAGGUGAACUUAUGUUACAUAUCAAAAUGUGUGCAUUUGAGUUGUGUUAUUUUAGCGAUUUUGCAAGAAAAUUUUAUUUUUAUAAUAUCUGUGAUUUUCAUGUAGAUGACUGAAGCAGAUUUCUUUGUGGUUAACAGUGCUAUUGAGUGGUAUGGAACAGUGUUACUUGACGUUUUGAGCCUUCUCAGGUUUAUCUGAAUCAGUGGUAGUUUAACAAAAUUUGGAUUGAUUUCACGUAAUUGUCUUUGUAGUAAAGGAGAAGUACACUCCUGUAAAAGCACAGUAUUGUUUGACUGUAGGAGGCUGCAGAAUCUCCUGUAUUGCUAUGCUUUUGCCUGUGUGUGUGUGUGUGUGUGUGUGUGUGUGUGUGUGUGUGUGUGUGUUGUGUCCAAGGCAUGGCAGCCAACCUUGUAUCUGCUAUUUAUAGUAACAGCAGAGCUUCAUAAUUGUGGUCAUCAGAAUUAUGCUUAUCAUAGACAAUUAAAGCUGAGAAAGAUUCAAUAAAACUAUGAAACGUGGUGACAGUGUCUGUGUUAUUACACUGUUCUUGCUCAAAAGUUUCCCCACAUUUAACACAUCAUAAUACAGAGUGGAAAAUACUGCAGGACACUUUGGAUUAUUUUGGGUAAUUUCUUACAAUGACAACUGGGCCAUAACAUUUUGUGAUAAAAGAAGAAUUCUUGUGUAAGUUAAUCCCUAUGGUUAUUAU